CUCGCCGCUUCCUCGAUCUGGGCCGUUAAAGACGAUGUUGCGGCGGCUGCACAGUGGGUUUUGGGCGCUGGGAGUUGCCUUUGGUUCGUGCUCGGUCCCACGGUUUUAUUCGAGCCGGCUGGGCUCCGAGCUGCUGCGUUCGCAGGCCUACAUCGGUGGCCGCUGGCUAGACGCCGAUGGCAGGGCUCAGUUCCCGGUGCUGGACCCGGCGAGCGGGCAGCAGUUGACGGCAGUGUCGGAUUGCGGCCCGCAGGAGGCCAGAGAGGCGGUGAGAGCGGCUUACAACAGCUUGGCGAGCUGGAAGGCAGCUACCAGCAAGGAGCGAAGCAAUUUAUUGAGAAAAUGGUAUGACUUGAUGCUAAAAAACAAAGAUGAGCUUGCAAGGCUAAUUACUGCUGAAAAUGGAAAACCACUGAAGGAAUCCUUGAGUGAAAUACUGUAUGCUGCGUCGUUCUUGGAAUGGUUUUCAGAAGAAGCUCGUCGAGUAUAUGGAGAUGUUGUUCCUACUUCUUCCCCUGACCGUAGGAUCUUAAUCCUGAAGCAGCCGAUAGGAGUAGCAUCUAUUAUAACUCCUUGGAAUUUUCCAAGUGCCAUGCUCACACGGAAGGCUGGGGCAGCCUUGGCAGUAGGCUGCACUGUGGUGGUGAAACCAGCUGAAGAUACUCCCCUGUCGGCAUUGGCAUUGGCAGAGCUUGCCGAUCAGGCUGGAAUUCCUGCAGGGGUUUUCAAUGUAAUCCCCUCUUCCAAAUCCAAAACGCCUUCUGUGGGAGAGGUACUUUGUACAGACCCUCUUGUUGCUGCAAUCUCUUUUACUGGCUCCACAGCUACUGGAAAGAUCCUCCUACGCCAAGCAUCUGACACUGUGAAGAAAGCCUCUAUGGAACUGGGCGGACUGGCUCCAUUCAUUGUUUUUGACAGUGCCAAUCUGGAUCGAGCUGUUGCUGGUGCCUUGGCCUCCAAGUUCCGAAAUACCGGGCAGACUUGUGUCUGUGCGAAUCGGUUCCUCGUACAGGAGGGAAUCCAUGAUUCUUUUGUAGAGAAGAUGGUGAAAGCUAUGCAGAGAGAUUUGCGUGUUGGAAGUGGAUUCGAUGAACUGACUACACAGGGCCCCCUAAUCAAUGAAAGAGCAGUGCAAAAGGUCGAAAGUCAUAUAAGCGAUGCAGUAUCUCUCGGUGCCUGCAUUGUGACCGGAGGAAAGCGACACAGUUCUGGAGCAACAUUCUUUGAACCAACUCUUCUUUCUAACGUCACAACAGACAUGCUUUGUGCACAGGAAGAAACAUUUGGGCCUUUGGCACCUGUCAUCAAGUUCCAGACUGAAGAAGAGGCUGUAACCAUAGCUAAUGCUUCCAAUGUGGGACUGGCUGGUUACUUUUACUCCAGCAAUCUUGCUCAGAUUUGGCGGGUUGCUGAACAGCUAGAAGUUGGAAUAGUUGGUAUUAAUGAAGGACUGUUAUCAACCCCUGAGGCACCUUUUGGCGGAGUUAAACAGUCUGGCCUUGGGAGAGAAGGCUCCAAGUAUGGCGUUGAUGAUUAUUUGGAAAUCAAGUAUGUGUGUUUUGGAGGUUUAUAAAGACUUGAGGGAUAAAUAUUAAAACUAUGUCACUCACUGCUGUUAUUCUGUGAACUUGCUCGAAAAACCACCUUACUGCAGAAAAAUUUCCUGUUAUCUGAUGAAAUAAUAUUGACAACCUAGCAUUUUUUUUUAAACACUUACCAGAUUAGAGAGGGAAAGAAGCAACUCUAUUUGAAUUGUUAUAGUAAAUUCAAUCUAUGACUUAACUGUAGUUUUAUCCUCACCUAUUCUGGAAACAUUAAAUGUAAAAUGUUUAAACAAACAUGCUGGUUUAUGCUUCAACAUUCGUAAUGUUUCUGACAUGUUUAUAAACACUAAUGCACCAAUCAUAUUGGUGUAAAGUGGCUAUUGUUUCUGAAUUUUAAUUUUGGUUCUAAUUUCCAAUAUCUGAUUGCUAAUAUGAUUUUAAUUCAGUGUUUUUAAUAGCUAUGUGCAAUAUUGUGACUAUUAUAAAUAAUUUAGUUUUUUUGAAUUUUUUGUCUGUUGCCAAAUGUUCAAGAAAUGUCUCCAUGUCAAACAUGGAAAUUUUGUAUUUGAUAAGCCAAAUUAGUUACACAUUAAAGAUUCACUGACCUAAUUAUGUUAUGGAUGUUUAUGUUGAAUCUCAGAAUACCUUGUUAUAGUUAUUUUAAGCUAUAUGUCUUGACGCAAUAAAGUUUAAAUGUAAA